AUGCCUAAAGGAAAGAAAAAGGGAAAAUUCGAGCAUAGAAGAACAGAACUCCCAUAUUCAUCUGAUGAAGAUGCAGGGAUUGACAUGACAAAUGACAACUGUUCAGAGACCUCAGGCCAAUCCGAUCUUAGAAGCAAUCAUGAUGAAGCAGAAAACGAAGCGCAAGAGAAAUUUGAGGAGAAGGUGAUGGAAAUAAUCGAUGCACUCAGCGCGAGGUCUAACGCUGCGCGUGCGGCGGCCCUCGUAGCACUGCGUAGCGCCUUGCAGCGGCGAUAUCUGGCGGUUCUGCUGAGCGGGCAGCGGGCGACAUUAGCUGACCAUGUCACUAAAGCCCUGCGACGAGGAAAAGACGGGGAGAAGAAAGCGGCGGCUGCUGUAGCACCCAUAUUGGCUUUGCAGAUCGGCGAAGAUGGUGUGGAGGAGUUUAUGCAGGAGGUCAGACCAGCGUUGGCUGCAGCUGCGGCUGAUAAGACCGCGUCACUCGAAACACGCACUGAGUGCUGUUCAGCGCUCGCCAUCCUCUGUUACCUGAUGGAAGACGAUCUCGCCGAAGUGUUGGAGGUCAUGAGACUAUUUGAAACUAUCUUUAGCGGAAGCUACCUUAAGGGUGACGGCACCGUUAAGGUCUCAGGGGCUGUGGUAGAGGAAGGCGGUUGGCACGCGGCAGCCAUAGACGGGUGGGCGUUGCUCUUGGCCCUCACCGAGCCUGACCACGCCCGCUCCUUGCUUAAGGAACACCCACCAUCCUUCGCCAGGCUUGCUGAUCUACUGGAAGCGUGUAGUCUCGAAGUGCGUAUGGCGGCUGGCGGUGCGCUCGCAAUUGCCCACGAGCGGGUAACAGAGGACGAAGAAGAGGAAUACAGCGGUUGGGACCGUGCCGGGGAAGAGCUAGUUCUGCCCCGUUUAGACGAACUAGCCCGAGACUCGCACAAGUAUCGCGCGAAACGGGAUAGGAAAGUGCAGAGGGCUACAUUCAGGGAUAUACUGAAGUACUUUGAGGAGGGUGACGUACCCGAGCUGCGCGUUCGUAUCGGCACUGAAUGCGUCUCGUGCGAUACCUGGUCGACCCGCGCCACAUACACGGCACUUGCUGCAUCUCUCGGCGCUGGGUUGCAGUCGCUUGCGCUUCAUAGCAGCAGACUAAGAGCCGCUUUGCAACUAUCAGCCGAUGUACCGCUAGAGAUCCCGCAGCGACCUGGUGCUGAUAAACGUACAAAGCUACAGCGACAUCUACAAAACACAGCUGCUUGUAAGGCCCGAACUGUUGCCCGGAACAAGAACAGAGACAAACGAUCUGCUGCGCUCGCUAUUUGA